CGAAAAAUAACUUCAGAUCUAUCCUACUACUAGUAUCCGCCGCUCCCAACACCUCCGGCCAAUCCAUCUCCCCGCCGGCCUGCCCGUCCGCCAGCCGCAACCCCUUCCGUCGACCGGCCGGAAGAUGGCCGCGCCGUGCACUUCCACCACAGACGACCGGUUGGCCGUCCUCCUGGAGGAGAUCUUCCUCCGGCUACCCACCCCAGCCGACCUCGUCCACGCCUCCGCCGCCUGCGUCCCCUUCCGCCAGAUCGCCACCGGCAACUCCUUCCUUCGCCGCUUCCGUAAGGAACACUCUCCCUCCUUCAUCGGCUUCAUGGACUGGCACGGCUUCCGCCCCGCGCUCCCUCCUCACACCACCGCGCCCAUAGCCAGUGCAGUCCCCCGCGCUGCUGACUUCACCUUCUCCUUCCUCCCUAGCCCCACCCCCUACACGCUGCUCCCAGACCCCGGCUGCUGGUGCGUCCGCAGCAUUCGCGACGGCCGCGUCCUCCUCGACCGAGGCCACAAGAGAGACUAUGGUUCAGUCCUCUUCCCGGAGCUCGUGGUGUGUGACCCGUUACACCGGCGAUACCACCUGCUUCCACCGAUCCCUGACGACCUAGCCGCGUCGGUGAGGGACGCACUCCAUCUGACUUACCAGCGCAGCUGUGAGGUCAUCCUCGUUCCUCCCGGCAAGGAAGUGGACAAGGAAGAGUACGAAACUUCAUUUCGUGUAAUCCGGAUGGCACAGUGCAAGACCAAGGUGGUGGCAUUUUUCUAUUCUUCAACCACGGGGCAGUGGCAAUCCAUUGCAUCAAAGGCUUGGAGCGAUUUGUUAGUCUGCGGCAUGCCAAUUGUAUCUUUGAAAUACCGUUUGUUCUACCAUAGUCAUUAUGCCUACGGAUGUUUGUACUGGCCGAUGACGAAUGGGAUAGAAUUUGGGCUGAAGAAUCGUCCGAGGGAAGCUAUGCUCAUGCUUGACACCAUGACAAUGGAGUUCUCCGUUGCUGAUUAUCCACCUGGAAGAUGGAGAGGGUUCCAGGUUGGCGUCGUGGAGGCAGGGGAAGGCAGGCUUGGAUUGCUCACUUUCUCAAUUAAUGAUGCAGCAUCACAACUUCGUUAUAUGGUUAGGCAAAACACAGAUGGGAGUAACAAUGAGUGGCAGUUGGAGAAGAUAAUCCCCUUGGGUUCGGGCAAUCAUUCUAUUGUUGCUUCAACCGAGAGGUACUUGCUCCUCCUAAGGUUAGAUUUUGGGACAGACCACUCUGAAGGUCUCUCAUUAGAUGUCAAGACAUUUCAGCUUGAGAGGGUGUGUGAGCUAUCUGACGUUACAAGCAGGUCAAUAUAUACCAGCUUCCCUCCAUCACUGUCAUCCAGGACAGUAUGAAGUGAAUGAUGCUGCAUAUUUGAACAAGUAUUCUGUCUACAUGCUGAAGAAUGCUAUUGCUUAUAUGUGAGUUCUAAUUCUCGAUCUUAUAUUACACAAGCAGCAUCCUUGAGCUUAUGCAUGUUUUCCUAUUCUAUAUCAUUAUUAUGAUUUUGCUCUUGCUUGUGGUAUCAAUCUCUUGACCUUUGACCAGUUGUUUGUUUAUAAUGGAAUACUAAAAAUUACAAGGAAAUAUGUCUUUCUGGGAUAGUCAGUCAUUUAAUUCUUUUGCAACAAAUAUUAUGUUUUCCAUCAAAUAUUGCCAAUUAUUUAUAUGCAAGUUUAGUAAC